AGACCUGUUGUAUGCGCGCCUGCUCGUCAGGCAGGCAGUGAGGGAAGGAGCCAGGCGGGAGCGGCCGGCUCGCACACGGACUCGCCUCUCGCGUCGCUCGACCAGGAGGCCGCUGCGUGCCCCGACAGAGAAGACGGACCCGGCUUCUCCUCCUCCUCCGCCAUGGCCGAAGCGCCUCAGCUCGUGGAGACCGACCCCGACUUCCAGCCGCUGCCCCGGCCCCGCUCCUGCACUUGGCCGCUGCCCCGGCCGGAGCUCGCCCCGUCCAGCCCGGGGCAGACGCCGACUCCCACCCCGGCGAGGGCCGCCUCGCCGUCCCGUUGCGGGCGGGUCGCGGCCCUGUGCGCCUCCUCGCCCGGCGGGGACCUCUUGAGUUUGCUGGAAGGCGGAGGCGAGGGCUUCGAGGCGGGCGGCGGCGGCGCGGCGGGGGCCGGGGAGCUCGGCGCUCCGGGCGGCUGCCCCUGCGGCGACUUCCCCUGCCUCCAGCACCCUCCGCAGCAGCAGGCGGCGGCGGCGGCGGCAGGGGGCUCGGCCUUGGCCUCGGUGGCCGGGCCCCGCAAGAGCAGCUCGUCCCGCCGCAACGCCUGGGGCAACUUGUCCUACGCGGACCUCAUCACCAAGGCCAUCGAGAGCGCCCCGGAGAAGCGGCUCACCCUCUCGCAGAUCUACGAGUGGAUGGUCAAGAACGUGCCCUACUUUAAGGACAAGGGGGACAGCAACAGCUCCGCGGGAUGGAAGAAUUCAAUCCGCCAUAACCUCUCGUUGCACAGCAAGUUUAUUAGAGUGCAGAACGAAGGGACCGGGAAAAGCUCGUGGUGGAUGCUCAACCCAGAAGGAGGCAAAAGCGGCAAGUCUCCCAGGAGAAGGGCUGCCUCCAUGGACAACAGCACCAAGUUCGCCAAAAGCAGAGGCAGAGCCGCAAAGAAAAAAGCCGCUCUUCAGGCCGGUCAAGAUGGAAACAGCGACAGUCCGGGCACACAGUUCUCCAAAUGGCCCGCAAGCCCCAGCUCUCAUAGUAAUGACGACUUUGAUAAUAAUUGGAGUACAUUUAGACCUAGAACCAGUUCUAACGCUAGUACAAUUAGUGGGAGGCUUUCUCCAAUCAUGCCAGAACAAGACGACCUCGGAGAAGGGGAUGUGCACACCAUGGUCUACCCUCCAUCAGGAACCAAAAUGGCUUCAACUCUGCCUAGCCUUUCUGAGAUGAGCAGUUCAGAAACCAUGGAGAACCUGCUGGAUAACCUCAACCUUUUAUCCCCAAACACAUCUUUGGCUGGAUCAACCCAAUCCCCACCUUCUACCAUGAUGCAGCAAUCAUCAGGUUAUUCAUAUGCUCCAUCCAGCACAAAUAUAGGUUCCCCAAACGCAGACUACAGGAAAUACAAUUAUGGUCAGACUAGCCUGAACACACUGUCCCGAAUACCUAUGCAAACCCUUCAAGACAAUAAAUCGGGUUAUGGAAACAUCAGUCAGUAUAGUUGCCCUGUAGGACUGCUGAAGGAGCUGCUAACUUCAGAUUCACCUCCACACAGUGAUAUCUUGACAUCUGUAGACACUCACGUUUCCCAGUCCAGUGGCCGAGUGUUGGGACCAAAUGUUUUAAUGGCCACUAACUCAGCCAUGACGCCGUACGGCAGUCAACAAAAUCAUAACAAAAUUGUUCCCCCCAGUACCCACCCACACCAAGGACACGUCCAGCCAACCUCAGUAGUUAACAGCCAUACUUUGUCUCUCACAGUUAGCACCGUGUCUCACGCUUCGGGUGUACAUCGUCCGUCCGCAGUGAAAACCUCAAUGCAAGUGCCUAUGAGCCACCCCAUGCAGAUGAAUAGCAUCAACCCUUACACCACUGUGAACAGCUGUAAUGGCUACGGAAGAGUGGGAAUAGUAUCUUUCCACCAGGAGAAGCUCCCUAGUGACUUAGACGAUAUGUUGAUUGAACGAUUGGACUGUGAUAUGGAGUCAAUAAUUCGUAAUGACCUCAUGGACGGGGAGACGUUAGACUUUAACUUUGACAAUGUGUUGCCUAACCAAGGUUUGUCGCACGGUGUAAAGACAACAACACACAGCUGGGUGCCUGGGUAAGACUGGAAGGCUACAAUUUAAAGUGCUUCAGAGAUCUCUAACUGCAGAAACUGAGCAAGAGAGUCCAAAGAUAUCCUUCAGCCUUUGUAUAUUCUUUGUAAAAAAAUUUCUCUUGUCAGACUUGGCAGCAGAUAGAUUUUUUUCCCCUGCACUGGAUGUAUGCCAGAUACUUGCAGGUCAUUUGCUGCUGUAGGUAGGUAUGUGCCAUUGGAAGUGCGUUUACCUGGACGUGCCAAACUCUCACUACAAUGUCAAAGGAGAAGAAAAUACCUUUUUCAUCAUGUUUGGUGACUGUGAACAUUGUACGCUGUAGAAGCAAAACUUUUUUAAAAAUCUGAGAAAAAGUUAAAACUUUUAAUACUGUGGUAGUUUUAAACCUUGACUUGCCUCUGAUCCAAUUCUUUUUUUCAUCUGCUGAACUCAUGGGGACCUAUGGAUAGCUCAUUUAACUGCCUUAAAUGUAUUAAUAUUGCUCUACAUUUCAUAUGAAAACAUAUCAUUGUAUGUUAUCUGACCAAAGUCAUUGGCCACUCAGACUUCCACGUCCAAGAGCAGAUUGAAAACUUUAUCUAUCAAAUUUCUUACUGGUUUUGUAGAUUUAUUGUGGGGGGCUAACUUCCAGAUCAUUUAAUUUUAUUAAUCAACUUGAAUUUUUUUGUAAUACGCAUAUUGCUAUUUUUCUUACAUCUCUACUUUGUUAUACAAGCUACUUAAAAAAAAUUAAAUUCAAGAUGCCUAGCAACAUUCCUAACAUUUUAUAUACAGUAUUUUAACUAGAGUAAGGGGGGAGAAGUUUAUUAUUAGCACCCUGAUGCAUGUAUGCAUCUAAAAGUAGGUAAUAUCUUUGAGCAUUCCCUUCCCAACAGUUGAUCUGUAGGUAUAUACCGAACUUCUUUCACUGUGAACACUGACUACCACCAAGUGUUCAUUGUUGCAUGGAUUUAGGUCCAGUGCUUUAUUUCACGGAAGUUUCAUAAGGUUUGGUAUCCCCAGUGUAGGGACUUCUCAGUUUAAUAAUGUUUCCAUUAAUAAUCUGUGUUAGUUUUGCUUGUUCUUAAUUGGCUUGAUGGGAUCUAUUACCUCUCUCUUUCCCCUCCCCCCCACUGCUUCCUGCUUAGUUUAAAGACAUUCAAAGGGAUAUAACCUUUGGUGGUGUGAACAUACUUUGCAGUAACAGAUCACCAUGACAAGCUGCGGAGACAUAAUUAUUUAUAUGAUUGGCUUCAGUUGAUCCUAACACCUUCAGAAUCUUACAUUAUGCAUAGUCCCAAGUCUCUUGGAGAGGUUUAUAAUAGUAGGUUGUUAAAGUAUAGGUGAAUAAUGUAGAAUCUAAAAUACUGUGUUGUGUACUUCUGAUGGCUCCUUAGAAUGCUAACUUGAGCACCGAUCCCCCUGUACUGUCUAUAUUUUCAUAUGGCACAUCCCACUGUUCACCUGUUGUUAGCGUAAUCAUAGAAGAAAAUCCCUCUUAAUAUAUCAGACAUUCAGAUAAUGUUCUAAUAAUGCUGCCCAGUAAUUGUGGGGAAAGUGAAAGAUUAAUGAAGGUUAUUAUUCUAAAUGGAAAGUUGUGUGACUGCCGAUGAAACAUGCUUUCUGCAUAGACUUUAAUUUCGGUAGUACUUGAGUAAAAAAAAUAUUGUAAAUGGUGGCGUUACAAAAUGUGCAAAUUGUUCUACCAAGCAGCUUUGUAUUUUGCUUUCCCCCGCCCCUAUUGGUCUGUACUCAUUGUGAGAAGUGUGUUAUACAAUAGAACUGUUCCUAUACUUUACAUUUUAAUAUAUUGUUUCUUCUGUAACAUGUAUUAUUAGUUGCAUUAAUGAGACCUCUGUCUUGAUUAAACUGACAAGUUGCUUAGAAUGGUAACCAAAGUUGUGCUGAUGAAUGCUGCCAGUGCGACAGAACGUUCCCUAAAAGAAGAAGAUAAAAGAUAAAAGUGGACCAGCUCUUCUAACAGUCUUAAGUUUGGACUUGUUCAACAACUGGAUGGGUGUUGCUUUUUUUUAUAUAAACAGUUUUAAGUUCACAUGAAAUUUUCAGGCUUGUUAAUUUAUAACUAAUUUUAAAUAAGAUAUCUUUCUCUCUUUUUUGUAUUUUGUAAUUACUAUAAAAAGUGUACUGUGGUUCUUGCGAGCAAAGAAAUGUAACUCUGCGUUAACUUUUAUAUGGACUUUUGUAUGGAAGAGGUCGCUCUCAUCCUUCUGCCGAACCAGCACUGUUGCCACACUGACAUGGAAAUACUUCACAUUUCAUUUGGAUGAGCUGUAAGAAUACGGUGGCAUUUUACUGUUGCACCCUGCAGAAUUAUCUUUGGGAUAUGUGUAAAAAAAAAGUGCCUGAUGU